AUUAGAUAUCAAUGCAGGCGAUUUUAAUUGGCAGUUAUUCAAUGUGGCAGCCUGGUCGCAUAAACGGUUUUUAAGUGGGCUCCUUGUGAGUAAGGAGCACACCGGAGGAGUCCUUCAUUUGGGAAGCUGGAGAGCUGCCCAAACUGGUUGUAGGACUGGCUAUCACGUGGCAAACUGAGGUCAGGACACCGCUAGCCUCUUGAAGGUCUCUGGAAUCAGGUGUCUGUGCACAGGUGGGUCAUGAAGUUGUGUGCAUAUGCUUUCUGGGAAGAGAUCCCUCUGUGCCUCAGUUUCCAUUUGCCCCAGUCCUUUCCUGUCAGGAAUGAGUAGCCUGGGAGAAGUUUAAAACUCCGCUGGGAAGCACUUGCAACCACAAAACCAAACCAGACAAAGCUGAGGCCUCGAGAGAGGCUGGAAUUCUCAGGGGAAGGCGUUGCCAGGGGACCACAGCAGCGCUAGCAACGCACCAGAGUCCUAGGGCCUGGAGAAUUUCCUAACCGCCCGCAGGCGGUUAAGUGCGCGGCUGCUGUGUGAGGCGUAGAAGCUCAGGCGGGGAAAAGCGCGGCCACACCCAAGGUCCCGUGGGCAGCCGUCUUCGCUUUCGUUUCUCACCGAUCCUGGGUCCUGUGGUCACCCGCAGUUUCGUUUCCGAGGCGUGGUGGAGGGCGCGGCCCGGAACACCCAUGGCCUUAGUGAGCCGCCCUCGAGCCCCACUGUGGCUCGGGCGACUGUCGCGGCGGCUGUGCUCGCGGCACCGGGCUUGCACUGGGAGCAUGGUUCGGCAGCGGCGGUUCGCUGUAGAAAUGCCGGAUUGCUCCCUGACUCAUUUCGUCUUAGGGGACAAGGAAGGUCACCCGGACUCACGCCUGGCAGCACUGCUAGGGCCCCCGGGGCGCAGUUACGCGUUGUGCGUGCCGCCAGCCCCAGGCACAGGCUGCGGUCCCCGGGUGCAAGCGGCCCGGAUGCACCAGCGUCUGCUGCUGCAGCUGCGCCGCGGUCCUUUGCAGCGGUGCCAGCUGAGCAAGCUGCUGGGCUACGGUCCCGGCGACCAGGAAGGUGAAGCCCAGCAUGGCUUCCUGCUGCGCGACCCUAGCGACCACCCAGACACUCGGCGUGCCUUGCUGCAGCUUCUGAACUCCUGCCAGGAGGCGGCGCACCCGCAGCUGGCCGAAUUCCAGGCCGACUCUCAGGGUUUGCUGUGGCAGUGCUUGUGGGAGCUGCAGGGAGACAGGCAGGUGCAAGUGGACUGCGCAUGCGUCCUGCCGGCACAGGAGCCCCUUCUGCACCCAUUGCUGCCAGAUCUGCUCAACUCCGCUGUGUUCCAAGACAGGGAUGCUGCACGGGCGGUAUUGGAGGAGUGCACAUCCUUUAUUCCCGAAGCCCGGGCAGUGCUUGACCUGGUUGACCAAUGCCCAAGGGAGAUUCAGAAAGGAAAGUUCCAGGUCAUUGCCAUCGAAGGACUGGAUGCCACUGGUAAAAGCACCGUGACCCAGGCAGUGUCGGAGUCUCUCCAGGCCGUCCUCCUACAGUCGCCACCCCCCUGCAUCAGCCAGUGGAGGAAAAUCUUUGAUGACGAACCGACCAUCAUUCGAAGGGCAUUUUACUCUUUGGGAAAUUAUCUGGUGGCUUCUGAAAUAGCUAAAGAGUCAGCCAGGUUCCCUGUUAUUGUAGACAGGUACUGGCAUAGCACGGCCACCUAUGCCAUAGCCACAGAGGUGAGUGGAGGCCCGCAGUACCUGCCCCCUGCCAACCACCCUGUGUACCAGUGGCCAGGAGACCUGCUGAAGCCUGAUCUGGUCCUGUUGCUCACGGUGAAUCCUGAGGAGAGAGUGAAGAGACUGGAGGGCCGGGGCCUGGAGAAAACUAAAGAGGAGGCCGAGCUUGAGGCCAAUAAUGUCUUCCGUCAGAAGGUGGAAGUGACCUACCAGCGUAUGGAGAACCCCAGCUGCCACAUGGUUGACGCCAGCCCCUCGAGAGAGACUGUCUUACAGAACGUUUUACAGCUGAUCCGGAGCGCUGGUCAUUCAUUGUAGUUCCUCCGGCUGUGUGCCUCAUCACACCCAAAGAGAAGUUGCCCGACGCGCCUGUCCCCAGCGCUUGUCUGCAGCUUCUUAGAUUCGGGUGCUGUGAGCAUACUAAGGGGGAGAAAACUGGAGAAUUUUUGCUUUAUCCCCGACAGACAAAACCAAUCAGCAGCUGCUAAUCCUUUUCUGCCUGACCACGUACCACCAUCUUCUUGGAAUAGACUUUAAUACCGCGACCACCUAGAAAGGUCUUCUGAUCCAGUGGGUGAGCAUGCGGAGGUCUUCCUGCACCUGGAAGCUGAGGCUAUUAGAUGUGGCCCACACUGAUCAAUUGUGAUGGGCUAGCCUCAUUUCCUUUCAACCUAAUUCCUAUAGCUAAGCAUUGUCACGGAGCCAGGCUGUCCCCGGAUGUUCCCUUGGAGCCAUUUAUGGUUGGGGACACUUGCAGAGGAGUGAUUGAUCUUGCCUCAGAGGUUCAAAGAGCACCUUGGGCACCUGAAUGAGCAUUCAGACCUGCAUAGACUUGCAUCCCUAAGCUGCCGGCAUGCCAACCCCUCUCGUUCUCCUUUGCUUGUCUGCAUUCCAAUUCUCUCCUUUGAAACCAGUCGUGAGUGUAAUGAGCAGUCUGCACGGAGCUGGAUGCGUUUCACUUACUCAACGCACUGAUUUGUUUAUAUUGAUGUUUACAUAGUGUGUUUCCUCCGUGUAAGAGCCGUGAGUCACUCACCAAAACCGAGGCCAAGGAGCUAAAUGCAGCAUUUGCUGCGUGUUUUCAUUACACAAAUUUGAUUUGUCUUAAUAAACGCCGUGGAUUCUGGA